AUGGCAGCUCUAAGAGUUUCUACUACCUUGUCGCGCAAAGCGCUCACUGCCUGUCGACCUCGAGUCUUCCUCGGAGUCCGCGCCAGCGUGCGUCCCUCGCAACCAUUCAGCACCAGCACCAGCACUAGAUACUCCAUAACCGCGCCAUUACAAUCUUUCGCUCCUAAGAUUGAGCGUGGCGGCUCAAAGGUCUUUAAAGAUGCUGAUGCCGCUGUCGCCGACAUCAAGAGUGGAUCGACAGUCCUUAGCUCUGGGUUCGGUCUUUGCGGAGUUGCAGCUGUUUCGAAUAAUGCCGGCUCCGCGGGCAAGGGAGGCCUUUCGACACUCUCACAGAAUGGCCAGAUCAACCGUCUGAUCCUUUCAUACCUCGGGAACAAUAAAGCGUUGGAAAAGAAAUAUUUGACGGGACAUAUUGCUAUUGAACUUUGUCCGCAAGGUACUUUGGCUGAACGUCUCCGAGCUGGAGGUGCUGGGAUUCCGGCUUUCUUUACCCCAACGGGAGCCCACACCUUUAUUCAGGAGGGAAAAAUUCCUGUUCGCAUGGAUGAGUCAGGUAAAGUACUGGAGACUGGCAAGCCGCGCGAGACCCGGGAAUUCAACGGCAAGACAUACCUCAUGGAAGAAGCUUUGACUGGAGAUGUAGCAAUUCUCAGAGCCUGGAAAGCGGAUGAGGCUGGUAACUGCGUAUUCCGAUAUACUACCAAAGCAUUUGGCCCUAUCAUGGCCAAGGCCGCAACCCUGACCAUUGUGGAGGCGGAGAAUAUUGUCCCAGUUGGCUCCAUUGAUCCCAAUGAUGUGGACCUACCAGGUAUCUUUGUGGAUCGGAUCGUUCCUGCCACGGACGAUAAACACAUUGAAAUCAGGAAGUUGCGGUCGGGCGAGGCCACUGCCACUGGGUCUGCUAAAGAUGCGGCUCAGAUCCAAAGAGAACUAAUCGGUCGUCGGGCGGCCAAGGAGCUUAAGCCGGGAUUCUAUGUGAAUCUGGGGGUUGGUAUUCCCACGUUGGCACCGUCAUUCCUGCCAAAAGAUGUGAAGGUGUGGAUUCAGUCAGAGAAUGGUAUCCUGGGAAUGGGUGAUUAUCCCACUGAGCAAGAAUUGGACCCCGAUAUCAUUAAUGCCGGAAAAGAAACCGUGACCUUGGUCCCUGGAGCCGCUACAUUCGACAGCACCGAAUCCUUUGGCAUGAUUCGCGGAGGUCAUGUGGAUGUGUCUAUUCUCGGCGCUCUGCAAGUGAGUGCCAACGGGGAUCUGGCCAACUAUAUGAUCCCAGGGAAGGUGUUCAAGGGCAUGGGAGGCGCAAUGGAUUUAAUCUCGAACCCAGACAAGACCAAGAUCGUGGUGGCCACGAGUCAUGUCGCCAAGGAUGGUUCUCCCAAGAUUGUGCAAAAAUGUAGUCUGCCAUUGACUGGCGCCAAUGUUGUCAGCACUAUCAUCACAGAUCUGGUGGAUCGGGGUACCGGAGAGCUCACACUGACGGAACUUGCUCCGGGAGUUGAGGUGGAAGAGGUGCAAUUGAAGACGGAUGCCAAGUUUCAAAUUGCCGAUACCCUUGAGAUUAUGGAAUAA